UUCUAGAACCAUUUCCUUCUAUCUGUUCCCCUCAUGCAAAAUACAAGUUGUCUAAGUUUAAGCUUUGCAUCAGUGAAUUCUACUUCCUGAUUUAGCGCCUCAUCAAUUCCUUAUUCUUGCCAGGUUUUGUGGUUUCUGACUCUAGGCCAUUGCCGUUCACUUAGCUUCCCAAUGAUAGAAACCAGAAAGAAAAUUGCCAGCUUUCCACUCCAGCCUGGAUUGGAUGAUUUGUGGCUCAAGGGAUGUGGGCUUGUUUAGGAAGAGAUAAUCUUCCCAUUAACAAACUGGAUUGGUGUCUGGAAGUAUGUAGCUUACUGUGAAAUUUCAAAUAAGCAAUUCCUAUUUCAAUAUUCCAGGGAUGCGGGAUUUGAAGAUUCCCUGCGUAGAAGCUCAGCUACACAUCUUGACCAAAUUGUUGGAUCAGGACAAUAAUGGGACCAUUGAUUACAUUGAAUUAGGUGCGGGACUUGACAAUGCUAGGUGUCUUCAAAGUAACAGUGAAGAGAAUGAGGAGGAGGAUGAAUCAAAAGAGGUAGAAGGAAUCAGUGACAGAGUUACAAUAAGAAAAGACGAAGAGGAAUGUGAAACAAGAAAGGAAGCAGAAGCUUGUCUGUCGGUUACAAAGGAGGUUUUGACUCAUUGCCCAGGUUGCCAUUUGGGACUCAGGAAAUAUGCACAAUUCUCUGAAUCCAGGUAUAUUUCUGUAGAACUCCGGCUCAUAAUCUUCAACAACAUGAAAACCCAUCCAGGUCAUUUUCAAGAAGUAGUAUUUUCCCAAAUGAAAGUGUAUGGUCUGAUCGGUCGGAUCCAGGAGCAUACUGGUAUUGCCAGCAACAAACUCAGCAUCUUCAAAGACCAGUCCUACUCCCAGGAGUCGCUGCUGCCCCUAGACCUGUCCUUGGAGGAAUGUGGUUUCCGUAGUGGACCUCACCAUUCUCCCCCUACAGUCCUUCUCUACUAUGAUUACAGCAUCGAGUUUAGCGAUUGCCCAAUUUUAAACUGUGACUAUUAUUUCACCAUGAGAAAGCUGUGAUGGCUUCUUAUGCUGGAUAUUUGGGACAGGCCCACAGCUAGCACAAUAAAGAGUCACAAAGAGACACAUCUGAUUCCCAGGAUCGACUGUGGUUCGGCAGAUAACAAUCUCAUUCAGGCUUGGGCUGACAAGUGGUAACUAACAUUUGAACCACACAAAUGCCAGGCAAUGGCCAUCUCCGAUAAGAGACAAUCUAAUCACUGUCCCUUGACAUCCAACAGUGUUAACAUCCCUGAAUCCCCCAUGAUCAACAUCCUUGGGGUUACCAUUGACCAGAAAUUCAACUAGAGUCAACAUAUUAAUACAAUGGAUAUAUGGGCAGGUCAGAGGCUAGGAAUUCUGCAGCGAGUAACCCCACCUCCUGACUCCCCAAAGCCUGUCCACUAUCUACCAGGAACAAGUCAGAAGUGUGAUGGAAUACUCCCCACUUGCCUGGAUGGGGGCAGCUCCAACAACACUUGAGAAGCUCAACACCAUCCAGGACAAAGCAGCCUCUUGAUUGGCACCACAUCCACAAGCAUCCACUCCCUUCACCACCGACGCUCAGUAGCAGCAGUGUGUACCAUCUACAAGAUGCACUGCAGAAAUUCACCAAAGAUCCUCAGGCAGCACCUUCCAAACCCACGACCACUUCCACCAAGAAGGACAAGGGCAGCAGGUGCAGGUGUCCAGGGCAAGUCUGUACCCUACCGUUUUGGAGAUAAUGAGGCCAAUAUGUCAUGGCAUAAUUCUAUCGAGACUCUCAGUUAAAUACUUGAGCACAAGUCAAGACCUAACUGUCAAAAUUAAUUCUUAUGGAGUCAAACAAUGGUGCAAGACUGCAAUUAAUAUUGCUGCUACACGAAUAAAGGCAAGUGAUGUCCAGGAAUGGGACACGUUACUUCUCCCACUACGUUGUUUACAAGCAUUUCCUCAGGGCUGAUACUGCAUAGGUUAUAUACAGCGUAAAGCUCCCUCUACACUGUCCCAAACAGCCAGAGUUAGAUACACUGACCCGAUCUCAGAAAAGCUUCCUUACUGUGUUGGCAUGACAUGAAUCCGAUACUCAUACCAGCUAUCAUGUAGACUCUGUUAGAGAUCAAUACUGUGCUGUGGGCCCAUGCUGAAGAGGAACUGCUCUUUAAAAAUACUUCUCUGUCAAGAAAAUAAUUAACAGCAGCUCUGACUUUUAAAAAUAUAAGCACCUGCCCAAAUAUCUAAACAUUCAUUUCAAAGCCUGUCUCUCUCAAUCCAUUGAAAUGUGAAAUAUACUGUCCUGUCAUCUAUACGUCUCUUUAUAAUAUAUACUCUAUAUAAUAUAAUUUUAUUUCUUAAAAUACACUUGUCAGUAUUCCAUUCAAAAAUACUGUACAAAAAAAGGACCUUUAUAAUUCUCUCUAUAAACGUUAACAUCAUAUAGAAUAUCUCUUCUUUUGGUGGCCAGAAUAUAGGUACAAAUGGAGAUUAACCACCUUACAUGGCAACCCCAUUGUUUCUGGUAAUUCUGCACCGACCAUCACUACAUUCAUCAGAAAAUAUCCACAUACCAAAUGGCCUUCAAAACCUCAAUUGUUUAUAUGUAUAUAAAAAAAAGAUAAAGAGAUCUUUUUGACCCUUCA